GCUCCGACUUUAGACCACCACCCUGUUUCCGGUUCUUCAUGGUUCUCACCGGCUUUCAGACGCAGAGCACCUGUUGAAAAGGAAUACGGUCGUCACUUACACGUUUCUACCCGUUUUUCAAUUGUUAUUGAAGUUGGAUUUGCUCGAGUUCCUGAAGGCUGUACUGAAGGAAUCCUUGGUGAUACUCUAUCCGAAAUUCAAUCUGUCCUAGGUGAUGAAUUCACCAUUCCUGCUCCACACACCUUUACCAAGGCAUCUGUGCCAAAGUCCAGCUCGAUCACCGGUGGUAGUCUCACCAACCCAUUUCCAGUAGAAAGACCUAGUCACCGACAUCAUCAAUCCUUACCUGUCAACUUAUCACCAGUUGCAUCUACUUCAGCAUCCACCUCGGCAUCUGGAUCGAGUUCGAGUUCAAGUUCCCUUUUACAUCUUUCUCAUCACAAUUCAGGAAUCUUCAUGGGCAACUCAACUCACUCACGACUUCCUUCAUUCCCUGGAAAGAUUCGUACUCUCCGUUGCCCCAUCGUCAUUGGUUCAGUUGCCGAACCUACAUUGGCUUGCUUGGUGUCACCUGAAGCCGAACGCAGACUUGCAAAUGAUCCUUCUCGUUCGCUUCAACCUCCUUCACCCGGUGCUCAACGUCGUGCAGAGGAAGAAGAUGAUAUGAGACGAGCUGUCGAAGCUGCUGAACCUUCGCUAGGCGGUGAUGGAGAAGCGUGGCUUUGUGCUCCACCUGACUACUCCGCUGCUCUUCGUGGCCCACCUGCAUACGUUUAAAUUAACCAAGAAUCAUUUACUUGAACUAUUUUACCAAAAGAAACUUUCCUAUCUAUACUAGAAGCAAUUUGUCACAUCUAUCCUUUAUAGGCAAUAUACAUGUUUAAUAAUUUCUUAUAUCUCUCCUUCAUAUAUAUUCUUGAUCAUUCCCUCUGCUUAAUCUCUACUUCUUGCAUUUCUUCUUUAUUUUUAGAAAAAAAAUCAUAUCUUGAGCAUUUCCUCUUUCUUUUAUAAAUAUCAUUAUCAUUUUUCUUUUGAUAAACCUUGGGUGUUACGAUUAUUUCUUGAUUUGAUUUAUACAAUUCUUUUCAUCUUUGCAUUUUCUUUUUGUUGUUGUUUUUUGUUUUUGUUUUGAUAUCUUCCAACUUCUUUAUUCGCUGCGUCGAUAUUAAUAUUUUUUUCUCUUUCGCUAGAUUUAAAGAUUUUUGAAGAUGAAUGCAAGAUAUUUUUUUAAA